AUGAUUGAACUCGGUAGAUACGAAAACAUUCCGCGAGAAGACCGAAUAUGCAAGGUCUGCCAGGCAGGAGAAAUUGAAACGGAACAUCACUUCCUAACAUCCUGUGAAGCCUAUAGUAGUCUCCGAGAAAACUUUUUAAAUGACUUGGAAAGUGAUCCCACCAAUGAAACAGAUUUAAACGAACACAGUUUAUCAGUUGAGAUAAUGAAAUCAACUGAUAAAGAAACCGUGAUAAAAUUAUCAAAAUUUAUCUCUUUAUGUUUUGAAAAGAGAUCUAAAUGCCUUGAAGCUCGGAAUGCUGACAGUCAAUAG